GUGGCGACGGACGAGUCAGUUUGGUCAGUCCUACAGACCGACCCCCGGCGCAGAAACAACAGGCGCACUCUUGUCCACAGGCAGCUCCGGUAGUAGGACACAGGUCAAGAACAACCCUUCUAGUAAGAGCAACGUACCUCGGCGCCAGCAAUGUGUGCAGUGGAAGGAGAGGGCACCGACUCCGCUUCCCAGGUGGCCCAGUGGUUCGCCGGCCGGUCGGUGCUGGUGACCGGGGCCACCGGCUUCCUGGGCAAGGCCAUCGUGGAGAAGCUGCUGCGGUCGUGCCCAGACGUCGGCACCCUCUACCUGCUGCUGCGGCCCAAGCGCGGGCAGGACCCACACGCGAGACUCGAGGCCUACACCUCACACGUUGUGUUCUCGAAGCUCCGGGAGGAGCGGCCCGACUUCGCGCGCCAGCUGUCGGUGGUGGCCGGCGACCUCAGCGCGCCGGAGUUCCGGCUGGCGGAGCAGGACAUGGCAGCCCUGCGGCGUGACGUCAGCGUCGUCUUCCACAACGCCGCCAGCGUCCGCUUCGACGAGACCCUGCGCCAGGCCGUCACCACCAACGUGAUGGGCACCAAACACAUGCUGCAGCUGGCCGAGCAGCUGCCCAACCUCCAGGUAUUUAUGUAUGUAUCAACCUCCUUCUGUCAUUCGGACCAGCCAGUGCUUGAAGAGAGGCUGUACCCGGCAAAAGCAGACCCAGAAAAGAUAAUGGAUAUAGUUUCAUGGAUGGACGACGAUCUUCUAGCAGCUUUAACGCCGAAAUUACUGGGAAACCUGCCUAACACGUACGUGUUAUCCAAGAACCUCGCUGAGAAACUUGUAGCCGAUUACGCCUCCAGACUACCAAUUAUUAUUUCCAGACCGUCCAUUGUGAUUCCAACGUACAAGGAGCCGAUGCCGGGUUGGGUGGACAACACGAACGGCCCCGUCGGAGUGCUCCUGGCCGCCGGCAAGGGCCUGCUGCGCUGCGCCAUCGGCGACCCAGACGUCAACGGCGACCUCAUCCCCGUCGACUGCACUGCUAAUGCCAUCAUCGCUCUCGUCUGGCAUUUCGCCCAAACCAAACCACAGAGUCCCUACGUCUGCAAUGUGGCCAGCGGGAACAGGCAUCGCAUCACCUGGGGGCAAGUCCUGGAGGAUUACAGGAGUACACUGAACGAAGUUCCAUUGGAGCCAGGCAUCUGGUACCCUGCAGGGUACUUCACCAAGAGCGUUGUGCUGCACAAGUUGGUCCACAUUUUCUUGGAGCUAUUACCUGCCUACUUGCUUGACUUCUUAAUCAUGCUUUCUGGGAGGAGACCUUUCUUGGUGAACAUCCAGAAGCGCCUGCAAACGGGCCAGUUAAUGUUAAAUUACUACAUGUUCCACGAGUGGCUUUUUAUCAAUAAGGAGCUCUUUUCGCUACUCGAAUACAUGUCACCACAGGACCAGGAGACGUUUUACUUUGAUACCUCGGAGAUUGAUAGGUACGACUACAUAAGGAACACUGUAAUUGGAGCAAAAACAUACUUGCUACAUGAGGAUAUGGCAAAUAUAUCUGGAGCUCGCAAACGACUCAACAGAAUGUACUGGCUGCACUGCACGGCGCAGGCCGUGUUCUACGCCUUCGUCCUCUGGUUGCUGUACUCGUGGUCCGGGCCGCUGCUGCGGGCGGCUGCCGUCGUCUCCGGGGGUCCUGGCUUCAGAUCCCUGUCCACAGGCGCCACAUCAUCGUAACGGCAGGACCGCGUCCAUCCCAGUGUCGCUGCGGAAGACCGCCCGUGUUGGUCAAUGGUCCACGUCGCUAGUGAUGAGAAUACCAACAAUCGGGAAGAAGUCUCAGCUGCAUGUGCAUUACACACACCUUCAUACUCAUUUCUACCAAUUUUUUGUUUGUACACUUACACCACUUACU